AUGCCUCAGGAAACUGAGGAAACCCAGGACUUUCUGCUCACAGGCCUGCGGAAGGGUGCCAAAUCUGCCAAGAUCAAGAAGAACGAGGAUGGUGAAGUUCAAGGUUCGCCGCAGCAGGCACACCUGCUCAUCUCAGCCGAGAAGGCGGAGAAGCUGAAGCGGUCCCUGCCCCUGGUUUGACAGUGAAGGAGCUGAAAUGAGCCAAUCGUCUGGAAAGGGGGGAGGGGGCGGGGCUAACAGUACUUGAUGCUCCCACAGAGGACCCAGGCUCCAGUCCCAGCACCCACAUGCCACCUCCAGUUACAGGGAAUCCAAUACCGUCUUCUGGCUUGAUUCCAGGCACACAUGGUGACAUGCGUGCAAAGCAAACAUUUACACACAUAACUUUUUUUCCAGACAGGGUUCCUCUGUGUAGCCCUGGCUGUCCCGGAACUCAUCUAUAGCCCAGGCUGGCCUCAAACUCACAGAGAUCCAUCACCUCCACUUGGUUUUAAAAUAUAUAUUUUUUAAGCUGACAGUGGUGGUGCAUUCCUUUA